AUGUAUGUGAAAUGGUUUGAUACAGUAAUUUUUUACUUUAGUGUAUUGAGUGAAUGUGACUUUUUACAUUUUUUAAUCUCCCGCCGGUUCCUUCCCCCGUACUUCCCGACACUUGCAGGGAAUGGAACCCGAAAGACGGAUGCCGGCAUCGGCCAGAGGAGAUGGCCGGGGAUGCUGCAGGGGGGGCAUCGCAGGAGCGCAGGACAAGGUAAGUGCAGAAGGGAUCCCUGAGCAACGCUGCAGGGUAAUCCUGAGUGUAGCUUGGGGGGGUUACCGCUUCUGGUACUGAAAGUUAACACCGAGCUACACUCGAGAAUACCGCCAAGGGGGUUAA